UUCAGUAUAAAUAUCACUCUGCAUUCGCUCUCUCUCUACAACAAGCGAGUGAGGAUGCCUUCGCUUACCGACGAGGAGCUGGAAGAGCGGCUUGCCUCAGCUGGGAAGAGUCUUGCUCAGCCUCCUGCGGUGCUCGAUGAACUCCUCGCUCUCCUCGAUGAAGUCGAGCAACUUCUAUCAAAAGUGGAGCAGUCUCCUCCGAAAACUAUGCAAGCUAUUCUUACUCCACUCACAAAGGUGCUUGUCACUAAGUCACUCUUAGAGCAUCCCGAUACUGACGUAAAAGUAGGUGUAGCUUCGUGCAUCAGUGAGAUAACCAGGAUCACUGCUCCGGAUGCUCCAUAUAACGAUGAGAAAAUGAAGGAUGUCUUUCGAUUGAUUGUUUCAUCCUUUGAGGGCUUGGCAAACAUUUCCAGCAGAUCAUAUGAAAAGAGGGCCACUAUACUAGAAACCGUGGCCAAAGUAAGGUCCUGCGUCAUAAUGCUGGAUUUAGAAUGUGAUCAGAUGAUUGUUGACAUGUUUGAACACUUCCUGAAAGCUAUUAGAAGUUAUCAUUCUGUAAGCAUUAAUGCAAACAUGGCGACUAUUAUGACUCUUGUCAUAGAAGAAAGUGAAGAUAUCUCCACAGAUCUACUUGCUCCAAUUUUGGCUACCUUGAAAAGAAACAAUAAGGAUGCUUCAUCAAUUGCUAAGAACUUGGCUGAGAGAGUGAUUCAAAAUUCAGCUGACAAGCUUAGACCUUAUUUACAACAAGCAGUAAAAUCUUUAGGAACUUCAUUCAAUGAAUAUAGUGAAGUUGUAGCCUCUGUGUGCAGAGAGAACACUGAUAUUGUUGGGCAUGGUAAUGAGAGCGUCACAAAAGACCAGCCGGUGGUUGAGGAAAAGUCUACCAGUGCUUCUCCAGCUCAGGAUCCAGGAACUCCGCAGGUUGCUCAGGAUGAUAGGGAAGGGACCAACUAUCAGGAAAAAGACUCCACUGCUAUCAGAUCACCAAAGUCAGUUGUGAGUAAUGGUAUCAAUGAGACUGGGACCAAUAAAAUUACUACCGAGGAAAAUUCUUCAAACAAGGUUGAUUCUGAAGGCCAACUUGAUGCAAAGUCAACGUUGAAAGAUGAAGCUGAUGAUCACGAUGCACAGGAACCUGAGAAGUUGGAAGCAGAAGCUGACGUUGAAAAGGUGCAGACUGAGGCAGAAAACCAUGAUAGUCCAGAUAAAGAUGUACAUACUUCUCCAAUUGAAGUUGGACCUGUUGAAGCUGCCGAAUCUCUGGACAAAGGAGAGGACAGAAGUGUUGAGGCUGUCACUGAAGCAUCUAAGCCGGUUGAGGCUCACUCUGAAGUGUCUAAACCUGUUGAGGCUGUCACUGAAGCAUCUAAGCCGGUUGAGGCUCACUCUGAAGUGUCUAAACCUGUUGAGGCUGUCACUGAAGCAUCUCCAGCACAAAGUGGCAGCCACCCUGAUGAGAACCUAUCUGAAACAGAGGUUAAGGAAACAAAGGAAGAAAAGUUUGUUGAUGAAGAGAUGGUAUCCGUUGAUACUGCUCCUAAGAAAGCAUCUAAAGAAGAGUCAAAUUUAGAAGUAAAGAAGCAGCGGCGCUCAGGAAAAAAGCGAACCGUUGACUUGUCUGACAAGGAUAAAGCAUUGACUGAAGAAGCUGCAUCAAAGAACAAUGAUGGCUGUGCAAGUGAUUCAGAAGCAAGAACACUGGACCAGGCAGAAGAGCCGAAGGAUGCUAGUAACAAGAAAGAGCAUGGAUCAGCAUUGAAGAAGCAGCAGCGCUCAAGAAAAAAGCGAACGGAUGACUUGUCUGACAAGGAUAAAGCAUUGACUGAAGAAGUUGCAUCAAAGAACGAUGAUGGCUGUGCAAGUGAUUCAGAAGCAAGAACACUAGACCAGGCAGAAAAGCCUAAGGGUGCUAGUAAUAAGAAAGGGUAUGGGUCAGCAUUGAAGAAGCAGCAGCGCUCAGGAAAAAAGCAAACUGAUGACUUGUCUGACAAGGAUAAAGCAUUGACUGAAGAAGUGGCAUCAAAGAACAAUGCAAGUGAUUCAGAGGCAAGAACACUGGACCAGACAGAAAAACCAAAGGAUGCUAAUAAUAAGAAAGAGUCUGGAUCGGCAUUGAAGAAGGAAGAUGUAAAAAAGAGUGGGCGUGGCAAACCUACCUCUGAAAAAGAGACCCCAAAACCUUCAGCAAGGAAGAACCAGGGGAAAGACACAGUCACUCCGCGGAAAUCCCUAUCAAAACCCACAAAACAUGAAGCAGUUCAGGAAGAAACUCCAAGAACAAGCACCAAGAGAAAAAAUACUCCUGGCAAAGAGAAAGCAUCUGACCUAGAGCACGGGGAGAAUUUGGUUGGUUCAAAGGUUAGAGUGUUUUGGCCAAAAGAUAAUGAGUAUUAUGAGGGUGUGAUUGCUUCAUUUGAUUCUGCCAAGAAAAAGCAUAGGGUUUUGUAUAAUGAUGGCGAUGAAGAGAUAUUGAACCUCAAAAAAGAGCAGUGGGAUUUUCUUGAUGAUGUGGUUUCAAACGGGGGCCAGGAUGUUGAACAAUCAAGUCAUGAUACUUCCUCUGAUGUACUAGUAAAGAGGAAGGGUAACAUGAGUUCUGAAACAACAAGCAAACGCCAAAAGGUGGAGGGUUCAGCUAAAAGCAAACAAAAAGAUACUCCAACAAAAACUAGCAGCGUCUCUAAGGAUGAUGGAAAAGCAGAGUCAGGGUCCAAAGGAAACUCCCAGAAGGCCAGUAAAAAAACUGCGGAUAAUCGAUCUAAAGAUCAAUCUCAGAAAUCUGGGGGCAAAGUUCAAGUUGAUUCUGCCAAAGCAUCUGGGAAAUCCAAAGAAGAUCAAUCUCAGAAAUCUGGGGGCAAAGCUCAAGUUGAUUCUGCCAAGGCAUCUGGGAAAUCCAAAGAGGAGGAUGUUGGCAAAAACUCUAGUCAGACGAAACAAGACACCCCACGAACUCCAAAGUCAAAGGGCAAAACCACACCUGGUGGCAAGGCCCUUGUUUCUGCAAAAUCAACGAAAUCUAGCACAUCGAAGGUGAAAGAAGCUGAUCAGAAGAAGGAGAAAACACCUGAUACUGCAAAAUCAACAGAAACAGCAGCCAAAGGGAAAGCCACAGAUUCUGCCAAGUCACGAGAAGGUGAGACUAAGGUUGGAAAGAAGCGAAAGAAGUAAAUUAUAUCUUGGCGCAGUUCCCCUCUGGGGUGAGUUGUCUAUUUUCACAUAUCAAGUUACUCUGUAGACUUUCCUACCAUUGUAGGCUAAGUUAGACUUUGAUAUUGUCAACUGCCAUAGCUUUAGCAUUUGCCAUUGUAGUUGGUAGUGUUUAUGUUGGAGGUAGUUACUUCUGGUGUUGUGUUUUUUUUCUUUCUAAAUCUAGAACAUUUGCCAUUAUAUCUCGGUGUUGGUUAUUUUCGGUCGUACAUUAUUUAUGGUAAUCGAGAAUAGUUCGACCA